AUGGAUCCUAACAUGACGUUAGAUUACAACACCAGUUCGCUGCUCCUCCGGGAGACAACAACAACACCAUCGAUUGUUGUCAGAAACACAACAAUCGCCGGCAACGCAUACGAGUGGCGAUUCGUGCUGCCUCCGUACUUCCUCAUCUUCUUGCUGUCGAUAUCAGGGAAUUGCCUCGUGAUCGCAACACUAGCCAGCAACCGGAGGAUGCGGACAGUCACCAACGUGUAUUUACUGAACCUGGCAAUAUCGGACUUCCUGCUCGGUGUAUUCUGCCUGCCUUUCACCCUCGUCGGCCAGAUAUACAGGAGGUUCCUUUUUGGGGCGGCGCUCUGCAAGCUAAUACCAUUUUUACAAGCCGUUUCUGUGUCAGUGGACGUCUGGACCCUAGUGGCCAUAUCGCUCGAGAGGUACUUCGCGAUAUGCAGACCCCUCAAGUCCAGAAAAUGGCAGACGCAGUGCCACGCAUACAAGAUGAUAGCAACUGUAUGGAUACUGUCCAUAGCGCUCAACUCACCAAUACUGAUUGUCUCUACGCUGCAACCGAUGAGGGGAAAUGCAUACAAAUGCAGAGAAGUCUGGACUAGCCUGGAGCUGGAGAGGGCGUUCAACCUGGGCUUGGACGCUGCCCUCCUGCUGGUGCCGUUCUUCAUCAUGUCCUUCGCGUACUGCCUCAUCGUGACCAAGCUCUGGCGAGGGAUGAGGCACGAGAUACAACAUAACUUCAACUGGCAAAAAAAUUUGGCAAAUGAAGGCGCCUGCAAAAACAACCCCUUACUGGCCACCACGCCUAUAUUACAAGGCAACGACUCGGAGCUUUGCUGCAGGAACGGUUGCAAUCUCAAGAAAAUCACUAAGGACACGGAGUCGAAACUGGACGCAGAGAGGAAGACGCAGACGUGCUGGCUGCAUACGGACUUUGAAUUUCGACACGUGGUGCGCUCCACUCACAUCGACAAGAGCAUCGAGGCUAAGCGAAAGGUGAUAAGGAUGCUGUUCGUAAUCAUAUUGGAGUUCUUCGUCUGCUGGACUCCACUGCAUGUCAUCAAUACGAUUUACCUCUUCUACCCCGAGGAGUUGUACCAGUGCAUCGGCUCCAAAGGCAUCGUGAGUCUACAGCUGCUGGCCUAUUGCUCAUCCUGCUGCAACCCCAUCACAUACUGUUUCAUGAAUAGGAAGUUCCGGCAAGCGUUUAUCGUGCUCUUCAAAAGCUGCAAACUGUUACGGUGCUGCUUCCCCGACCAGGCAGAUGGUGGCAAGCAGGCCACUCCGCCGCCAUCCAGCCAGGAGGUUACGGCGUGCAGCUGGACGGACUAGAAGGGGAGGAUUGUGUUUAGCAGCGGCUCGCAAAGCACUGCUUUGGGAAGCAGCGCGCACCCCGCCUUGCCCGCACCCGUCGUCGCAAGGCCCGUCACACAAGUUAUCGAGACAGGCGAGGAAGGGAGUCAAUUCCUAUAUCGCAUUACAUGGCCGCGGCCGGGUCAGUCGAAGAGCACGGGUCCAACUCAACACCUCUAUGAAUAAGGCAACUCCAGCUACGCACGAGUGGUUUAAACCUGAUACGUAUACAAAAAUGUUAUAAAACUCCACAUAGGAAAUGCCCAUACAUUCGUGUUUUAAAACUGAAGACAAAGUACGCUUGUGUGUAUGGUAUGACACGCAUGCGCUUAGAAGUUUUUUAUUUUAUUUCACAAUAUUGCAAA